CACCGUAAAUCCACCUAACGUGGAAAUAAUUUAAUUAAUUAUGUUGCUGUGUGUGCGUAUUCGUUUGUUGGUGGCGGCUACAGCUGUGUUGUUGCUAUGGAGUCCUUUAGGGCCUUCUAUUUAUGCAGACACAGCUGUAACUUCGAACACUGGUCAGGCCAAAGCUAACUCUGCCGGUGCGAAUGCCACGCAGUCUGCCAAAGGCCAGGGCAACGCUGCAAAGGGUCAGCCCAAGGCGACUGCUUCUACUACCACUAACCAAAAAGCUGGCGCCACUGUUAAAUCUACAAAGGGCAAUGCCGGAAAGUCAAACGUUCAGAAUGUAACAGUGGAAAAGACAGCUUCUACUGGUCAGAAAGCCGCAACUCAGAAGGGCACUGCUGACGGUGGCAAUGUGAAGCCCAAAGGGCAGACUGCAACUAACAAGAAAGAGUCACCUAAGAACGUGGCUGCAAAUUCUAAGGCUGGCGGUCCUUCUGGAGUGAAGGCGCAACCUGAGCGUAAGAAACCCGCUCCUGUGAUGUCUGUUGCCGAGACAUUAAACACAUUCCCAGAUGUCAUUGGUGAUGCUGGCGUGGACGAAGAGAUGCACGAAGUUGAGGAGGCAUUGUACCCUGACGAGAGCAGCCCAGCUCCAGAAACUGCUACUGUGGAAAGCUCGGGUAUUAGCCAGGACGAAGUUAACGCCAACGACGGUGCUGCCGAACCAGAGCCUCAGUUUAUUGAGGAAUCAAAGGUGGUUGAGACUAAGGGAAUGAACAAAGAUGAUCAUGACGACUUUGAUUUCAAUAUUCAUUUCCCUGAAUCUGAUGAAUACAAGAGGCGUGAGUACAUUCCACCACCUGCUAAACCGAGCUCGUCGUAUAAGGAUAUUCCUGAAGUUGAAAAGCUUUCUACUGGUCCUGUAGAUUCAUUAGACCGUAUUGAUAUGGAAGAUUUUGGGGACUCCGAUUACUUUUAUGACGAGUGGAACGAAAAGAUGGAGGGCUUCCAUCCAUCGGCUGUUUUGUCUUUCGACAUAGGUCCUAAAGGCACUGAGACUUUUUACGAGAAUGUACGUAGCGUUGGUGCCUUGUUGCGUGGUAUGUACUAUACGUUAUCCAAGGCGGAGGAGCUUAAGGUUCGUCUGACCAUUAAAUCGCCAUCUGGUGAGAUUUUAUUUGACAAGGAGGGUGCUGAGGGUAUUUAUGCCUUUGACGCCAAGGUCACUGGUAUCUAUACCUUUGAAAUUUACAACUCUAACUGGAUGACUUCCACUGGUGUUACCUUUGCUGCUGGCAAUGACGAGUAUUCUUUGUUGACAUCGGACCACAUUCGUGACACUGAAUCGCGUCUUGAAGAUUUGAAGAACAACGUUGAGUCUGUAUAUGCUCAAUUCAAGUACAUUUGGCUGCAUAACCAUCGCCAGAUGCGUGCAUCUCGUGACGCUCAGACCAAGCUUUUGCUUUACUCUGUUCUUCAGUUGAUUGUCGUUGGAGUCUGUUCUAUGAUUUGUGUGACUUACGUCAAAAAGAUUGUGUCUCACAAGAGGAUUCUAUAGAAUAUCGCCUAGCAACAGAC